AUGUCCCUGUCAGCCAGUCCGGCCCCACCAGUUGCGGGUUUGGGCCCGUUGGUGGCCGGAGCAGGCCCUCCUUCGGCAGACUCUCUGCUCCUCACACUACGUAAUAAGCCACAUGCAAGAGUGUUUCGGGCUUUAUUUCAAUAUCUACCUCUACGCGAUUCCCCCAACGAGAAUCCACAGCUGGAGCUGGCGCUGGCGCCUGGUGACGUGUUGCUGGUUAAGGGUGAAAUGGAUUCGGACGGCUUCUACCGGGCCGAGACCCUUGAUGGUCGAACCGGCCUUGUGCCAUCGAACUACGUGGAACGAGUGCCUGAUUCCGUCCUACUCUGUAAUGCUAGAGCUCCUUCACCGUCGUUUCCCCUUCAUGUACCCCAACAUCAUUCCUCUAUCACCCACGACUUCUCCGAACCCGACCAUAGCCAGCUGCCUGACUCCGUUUGCCCCUAUCCACCUGCAGACGUUUCUAAAGUUACUGUACAGGAAAUCAAACCGAAUGAUAGUCCUCGA